UAUAUCUAUAAUGACUGAGAUAAUGCUGUUAGGUGUCAUGUAUGAUAGGCCUAUACAAAACAGUCUGACAGUACAGAUAAUACAUUUACAAGCUGUACGACGUGCGUCAGGAUGAAUGUAAGACAUGCAUAUCGGAGUAUUCUAUCAUCUAACCAGUUGAAAUUAAACUUUCCACGGUUCUUGCACGCUGGUAGGCCACAAUUGACAAGUGCUGGGGAUGGCAGAAAUGGACCGGAUGUGACGUCGCAGGGAACGCGGGUGUUUCCAAGGGUGAAGACAGUGCGAGCAUUGAUUCAAACUGACACUUCUGAUCAUGGAGCAGACUGUCAUAAUGUCGAAGACGAGCACUGGCUUAAUGCAUUCCCGACGCCAAUAUCAACUCCGAUGUCGGUACAUGAUUUGUAUAAAGCUCGCCGGAAGUCAUGGGGCAUAAAUGCUCUGGGGCCGUCAAUGGUUAUCGAGAUAGAGGCAGAAGAUGGAACAACUGGGGUCGGGAUAGCAAUAGGGGGUCCUCCAGGUUGUUACAUCGUAGAAAAUCACCUCAGUCGAUUCAUCGAAGGCCAAGAUCCCCGCGAUGUAGAACUCAUGUGGGAUCAAAUGUUUCGUGCUACUCUGAACUACGGGCGAAAAGGUCUUCCAUUACACGCCAUCAGUGCAGUAGACCUUGCACUAUGGGACCUUCUUGGAAAAUUACGUAACGAGCCUGUGUAUGCAAUGUUGGGCGGAAAAACGAAAGAUAGACUACCCGUUUAUUCCACGACAGCACGACCAGACAUUGCGCAAAAGUUAGGCUUUGUUGGUGCAAAAGUUCCGUGCGCGUAUGGUCCAGCCGAUGGCGACGCAGGGUUUAGAAAGAACGUAGAGAUCUUCAAAUCAUGGCGGAAAAAGGUUGGUCCUGAAUUUCCUCUUAUGUUGGAUUGUUACAUGUCCUUAACAGUACCAUAUGCAAUCAAUCUUGCGAUCGCCUUGAAGCCGUAUGGUCUUAAAUGGAUCGAAGAAGUGCUACCUCCCGACGAUUACGAAGGUUACGCCGAUGUAAAACGAGCACUCGCAAGUAGUGGGGUUCUUGUGACAACGGCAGAGCACGAGUACACACGAUAUGGUUAUCGUCAACUCAUCCGUGACAAAUGCGCCGAUAUUCUACAACCGGAUAUCACGUGGUUAGGCGGAAUAACGGAAGCCAGGAGGGUGUGCGCGCAAGCUGCGGCGUAUGAUAUUCCUGUCAUUCCACAUGGGUCCAGUAUUUACUCGUAUCAUCUACAAUACGCUUUCAGAAACUGCCCCAUCGCUGAAUAUAUCAAUAUGAGCCCAAAAGCCGAUAAAAUCACACCAUACUUCGGUGGACUAUUUCCCGAUGAACCUCUUCCAAAGGACGGUUUCAUUGAUCUUCCAGAUAGGCCUGGCUUCGGAGUUACACUCAAUCGGGAAACGCUGGAGAGACCAUACGAGCGAUCAUCUGAUCAUUCAAAGAUGCAAGCUGAUUUAAACAUAAAUAGACCAAUCCCCGAACGCCCCGUGAUGCCAAUUUAAGAGGGGUUCUGCAGACUGGCACUAUUUCUAUUUCAUGUGAUCAAUUAAAUGUUUAAAUAUUACUAAAUAUAUAUUCUAAAUAUAUACUUAAGUAUUCCGAAAUUCGGUUAAACCAUCGAGUAUGUCAAAAAUUAAGGUAUAAUAUCCAAUUUAAUGGAAUGUCAAAAUAGUAUACAUAGAGAUUAU